GUCAGCCAGCAGUCAAAGAAGGUCCACGCAGUGUGGUCCCCAUAUAUGUGCCGGUAUUAUUUUCCUGUUAUCUUUUUUGGGUCGGGCUCACAUGCCAGACUCAGAGGGAACAAUGGCCUUGACUGGGGAUCAGCUCGGGGACUUCUUUCUAAAAUUAACGCCAAUUUAAAUUACACUUCGGCAUGCGGGCCUGCUGUCUGCAGUGUGCUGCUAGUCGACUGCUCUUGCGUUCUAUCAAUCGCUCCAUCGACCAUGUUAGAUCCGCUUAGUGUUCCUGUGCCAGGCAUUUUAGCGUCCGCGACUUUCCUCCAAAUGGGAAAAGAAAGUCAAGAGGCUACCGUCCGUCUGGGACCUGCACAAAAAGGCGGGAGGAGGGGAGGGGCCCAUGCAGGAGCAGCAUCAAUUUGACCGGGUUGAAAUGAAUGGUUUCUGGCAUGAGUGAUCGAUAUAGCUCAGUGUCAAAAUUAAAACAUACUGAAGGGAUCCACACAGAGCAUUCAACACCGUUCGAGAAGCGGGCUAUUGAUGCAUGCCGCAUUGGAUCUGAGCGACAGUCAAUAGUGGCAAUUCCUUUUGAUGGCUGGAGAUUUCAUACCACAUUAUUUGCAUUCAUUCAAUUUGUUGUUUGCCAUCCGUGCCUCGAGGCGGGCUAUCCCCA